AAAAAAACGAAACGGAAACUGGAGAAACGCGUGUCCCUCUAAAUUCUUCGUUUCUUUACCGUAUACAGAAACCCCAAAGAAACGCGCGGUUUCGUCAACACGUUUUGCUUCACGAAAUUCUCUGCUAAGUACCCUGAGUUUGAAGGAUGCCAUCAGAAUCAGAUAAAUGGGGGUGGAAGCAUGUCAGUGUGUUUGGUGGGUUUGAUAAGGGAAGCGGUACAAAAAGAUGGAAAUGCAAUCACUGCAAUCUACGAUACAAUGGAUCUUAUUCACGUGUUAGAGCCCAUCUUCUUGGUUUUUCUGGUGUUGGAGUCAAAAGCUGUCCAGCUAUAGAUAGGUCUUUGAAAGAAUCAUUUCAAAUCUUAGAAGAAGAGAGGGUUGCUCGGAAAAAGAAAAGAGCUUCUGGAACUGGAAAGCAUAGCAAGCGUAUUCGGACUUCUCGACCUAAUCUCACCUGUAUCACCAAAGAGGAUGUAGAUGAAAUGCUAGUAAGAUUCUUCUUUGCUGAGGGAUUACAUGCAAACAUUAUUAACUCACCUUACUUCCAGGAGAUGAUAAAAGCAGUUGCAGCAUUUGGACCAGGCUAUGACCCUCUCUCAGUACAUGAUUUGUGUGGUUCCUUUUUGAGCAAAGAGAAAGAAAGGAUUGACAAAUAUGUGAGUCUUGUUAGGGAAUCUUGGCCACACACAGGAUGCACGUUACUGUGUAUUGGCCGUUCACAUGGUAUGUUGGGUAGUUUUCAGGUUAAUAUGUUUGUAUCUAGCCCUAGGGCACUCUCAUUCUUGAAAGCAGUAAAUGUGGACAAUAUUGAUGGAGCAGGCAAUUCUGUUGUUAGCAUCCUUAGAGACACGGUCAUGGAAGUUGGACCUACAUAUGUGGUUCAGAUAAUUUCACAUCUAGGUCAUGCCAGAUCAUAUCCAGAAUCUCAUGCAAUGUUGGAUUUCCCUCAUAUAUUCUUGUCUCCUUGCUCUUCACAUUCUGUCCACAUUUUGAUGGAAGAUAUAGCCGAAUUGGAUUGGAUAAGACCUAUUGUCUUAUGUGCUAAAGAAAUUGAGAAAUGCAUGACCACAUUUCAGAACUUCUCUCCCUGUGUCUUCACUCAAAAUUUGAAAGGGACCUCUGACUCGCUGUUUGCUAGAAUUGCACCUUCCAGUUAUGUUGUCCAACAGAUACAUGAACUAAAGCAAGGAUUGCAAGAAGUGGUUGUGAGGGAAGAGUGGAAGCAAUGGAAGCAUAAUAUGCCACAAGAUGUGGGAAGCAUUGAGGCAGCCAUAUUAGGGGAAGAUUUCUGGAGCAGGGCUCAUAUAUUGUUACAAAUAUGUGAACCUUUUAUCAGAUUGUUUGCUUCGCUUAAUAUUGACAGAUGUGUCAUGGGCGAUGUCCAUGAGUGGCGUGUUCAGGCUAUCGAUGCGGUGAAGAGUACAGGCAUGGAUACUGGUGCAUUCAAUCAACUAGAAGGGUUGAUAGAUAAUAGGUGGGAUGUGUUGUUCUCGCCUCUUCAUUCUGCAGGUUAUAUAUUGAAUCCUAAAUAUUUUGGCAGAGGCCAGACCAAGGAUAAAACCAUAAUGAGGGGUUGGAAAACCACAUUAGAGAGAUAUGAGUAUGAAAGCACAGCCAGAAGAGUUCUCAGAGAGCAGUUAAGUUCUUAUUGGCGACUCGAAGGAUCCUUAGGAGAGGAAGAUGCUGUGGAUUGUAGAGAUAAAAUGGACCCGGUUGCAUGGUGGGAGAACUUUGGUUUUGAAAUACCCCACUUGCAAACCUUAGCCAUAAAAGUUUUGAGUCAGGUUUCAAGUGUUGCAAUGUGUGAAGAGAUAUGGAAACAUAAUGGUAAUCCAUGCCAAGAAACAUCUUCUGGGUUGGGAUUAGAAAGAAGGGAAGACCUUGUUUAUGUCCGAAACAAUCUAAGGCUUCAAGGUCAUAAAAAGGAUUUUCAGGCUCCUCAUCAGCUUAGAGACACGGUACUAAGUUCUCCCGCAGAAUUCAAGACAAAAGCUGUACUUUGUAGUUCUGACUUCUGA